AUGUCCCUGAACGACCUUCUAGCACUUAUCGAGAACUGCAACUCAUCCUAUUUUUCACAGGAUCACCCAGCAUGCAACCAGAUGGUGGAUGGACUGCUCAAGUCUCUAGAAGACCAGAACGGCGAGGUACAAAACGUGGCAUUGAAAUGUAUAGGUCCUUUGGCUACGCGUCUACCGCCCGAUAUUCUCACUCCAUUCAUCGACAAGCUUGCAAUCCUCACGAGCUCACAGACAAUUGACACGUCGGUCCCAAAUACUGCUCUUCGAAUGAUUCUAGCUUCCCUUCCGCGUCCAAAUAUCAACCUAAUCACUUCUAAAGAAGUUCAGAGCAGCUAUGAAGCUAUAUCUAGGGUUUUAAUUCCCCGUUUGAUCGGUGCACCAACGAGGACAAAGUCACCAGCUGCCGCACCAGGGAUGAUCGUGAACGACCCAGCAAAGGGAUUCAGCAGUGAUGCUAUUGACGUGUUGAUCGAUGUAGUGCGGUCAUAUGGACCCAUGCUAAACGACGAGGAGCUAUCUGAGCUUCUGCAGACAGUUGUACGCGUUAUCGAGAACGACCAUGCAGGGACAGUGGUCACUAAACGCGCUCUAACGGCCAUCUCGAUGUUGUCAAUCCACCUAUCAGAUGCACAAUUAAGUGGCUUCGUCUCGGGCCUCAUUGAGAGCUUUCGAUCCCCGCAUCUUACAAUCAACCGUCGUCGUCAUUUAAUCGCUACUAUUUCUGCAAUGGCAAGGUCGACUCCGGCGAAGUUUGGUCCCUAUUUGAAAACACUGGCACCAUUCGUCCUUUCAGCCGUUAGUGAAAAGGAGAUGGAUGAGAUGAACGAAGACAUGUCUGACGAUGGAGAACAUGAUCCCAAGCAAGAUGAGUUGCGUGAGACGGCACUGAUAUCACUUGAAACACUGCUUGGUUGCUGUGGUUCCGAGAUGCAGCCAUACCUGAAUGACUCUAUUGCAGCUGCUUUACGAUACCUGAAAUAUGACCCAAAUGUGGCUGAGACGGAAGAUGAUGAAGAAAUGGGUGGCACUCAAGAUGAAAGUAGUGACGAUGGUGCUACCGAGGAGCCCGACGAAGACAACGAUGCAUUCGAUGACUUUGAGGAAGAAGAGGGCUAUAGCGAUAUUGAUGACUUGAGCUGGAAAGUCCGUAGAUGCUCUGCGAAGGUUCUAUACACUGUUGUGUCAACACAAGGACGGAACGCACGGGCUGUCGAAGACGGUUCGAUAUAUCAGAAGAUAGCGCCAGCACUUCUUUCAAGGUUCACUAAGGAAAGGGAAGAGAGCGUCAAAGUUGAAGUUGUGGCGACGAUGACAGGUAUAGUUCGAAAGACGAGUGAUCUUGCAACCGGGCCUAACUCAUUGUACUGCGAUCCAUUUUCUCAAGCACGUUCAUCUCGAAAAAGGAGACGGCAGGAUAGUAACGCCACUGUGAUCGACCUUGAAUCAGACUUUCCCGCUGCAGCGGCUUUAGAUACCCCAAUCAUCAAACCCUCGACACCUCAGCCAGGCCCGCAGACUGACCUCGCAGACCUAACGCCAGGCAUUGUGCAGGCGUUGACCAAGUUAUGGAAAGGCGCAUCAAUACCCCUGAAACAAGGUGCUAUUCUUUUAUUGAAGGCCCUUGCCCUUGUCCGAUACGGAGGCCUGGCAGACUAUUUACAGCGAAUUGAGGACCCUAUUGCUGAUGCUUUGAAGACAUCCGGGCUAUCUGGUGGAGUGACAGUUUCUGCUGGCUCGAAUUCAGUCAGCGCGGGAAAUCUUCAGGUCGAGGCAUUGGGAUUAAUUGCCGCUAUUUCUGAGACUCAUCCUUCGAACUCACUCUCGCCAUUCCUUAUUGCAUUGAUACCUGGAGUUGUUGCAUCCGUGAAUGAUAGAGACUUCAAGGUUUCAAGUGAAGCUCUUGGAGCAAUCGAACAGAUUGUGGUGGCCCUUACUCCCCCACGAGUCUCUGCAGAUGAUCGAGACUUGGGGUUACAACUAGAAAAACUGUACGAUAUUGUUGUGGAGAAAGUCACCGACAAUAGUACAGAUUUAGGGGUUCGACAGCGUGGUAUACAUGUGCUUGGAGUGAUGUUGAGUCGAACAUCUGGACCAGAAGGGCGUAGAUUUAUUUCUCUACCCCAUCGACAGAGAGCGAUGCUGGUUCUUCUAGAACGACUAAAGAAUGAGACAACAAGAGUUGCCGCUGCUCGUGCUAUAGACGAUGUUGCAUUGCUCGCGCGCCACACUGAUGAUAUUGCACCUUCAUGGCUCGGCGAAGUUACGCUUGAGCUAGCAGCCCAGCUCAGAAAGGUCGACCGCACACUGCGAGAUGUGUGCCUCGGGGCUCUCAAGAGUAUUGCGAUCAACUCUCAGACUAGGCAAUAUCUAGAUCAAACCACCACUGACGGUUUACGAGUUGCUGUCUCCCCUCUUAUUUCUGCGGAUGACUUACAUCUCUUGACGCCAGCACUAGUCAUCUUAGCCAAGUUACUGCCCCAUUACGGCCCAGAACUUGUUAAUGAUAACAUCAUAUCACAGCUCUGCACUGCGGUUCAAGGAACUCUAACGGGAACUGCGCUAAAGGCAUAUAUCCUUCUAGUCCGUGUGAUAGGCGAACAGGGAGCAGGCGCAAAACUCAUGAAAGCCUUGUUACAAAACGUCGGGGUUAAUGGUGAUUCUGCCGUCGUCGGUAGGGCAAUCGGAACUCUUCUAGUUUAUGGUGGACCAAAUAUUGGUGUUAAAACCCAGGACUUCCUCAACGAACUCAAGACUGCCCAUGACAACCAGCGUAAAUGUCUUGCUUUGGCCAUCCUGGGAGAGAUUGGACUGCGAAUGGGUGCCAACUCUCCCCUCGACCCUCAACUAUUCAUUGCAAACUUCAACUCUCCUUCGGAUAAGGUUCGACUUUCCGCUGCCGUGGCACUUGGUAACGCGGGAGCUAGCAACGUGAAGGCUUACUUGCCUGUCAUUCUCGAGGGGUUGGAGAAGUCUAAAUCAUCUAAAUAUCUCCUUCUUCAUUCGCUAAAGGAGAUCCUUCAGCACCCAGAAGACGUUAAGACUCAUGUGGCUCCGUUCGCCACUCGUCUUUGGCAAAUAUUGUUAUCAGCUUCUGAUGAUGAAGAUAAUCGUACUGUGGGAGCCGAAUGUAUCGGACGCUUGUCUUUGAUCGAUCCAGCAACCUACAUUCCACAGCUGCAGGAAUAUCUGUCUCAUCCAAAUGCCACCAUUAGAGGCACGGUUAUCUCUGCAUUCCGCUACACCCUUGCUGAUUCAAGCAACACAUACAAUGAAACUCUUCGUCCACUUAUAGUUCCAGUGUUGGUCACAAUUCUAAAUGAUAGCGACUUGGCCAACCACCGCCUUGCUCUGACAACCCUGAAUUCCGCAAUUCACAACAAAACGGCACUUGUUCUUCCACAUCUACCACAACUAUUACCUGCCGUUAUGGGUGAUACGAACUUGAAACCCGAGCUUGUACGAGAGGUGCAAAUGGGCCCGUUCAAACACAAGGUCGACGAUGGCUUGGAGCUUCGCAAGAGCGCAUACGAGACGCUUUAUACAUGUCUUGACGUGGCAUUCUCCACUGUCAACCUUUCUGAGGUCUACGAUCGAAUCAUAGCCGGUAUCGAAGACGAGCAAGAUAUCCGAACCCUGUGCAAUCUUAUGAUUUCGAAGUUGAUGACCUUGGCACCAGAAGAAACCCUCUCUCGGCUGGAUGCGUUUAGUAACUCAUUCCGAGUGGUAUUAUCCGUCAAACCGAAAGAAUCAGCAGUUAAACAGGAGCUGGAGAAGGCUCAAGAGGCGUCAGUGGGUGUGCUGAAAAUUAGUCGAGAGCUGCAGAUGGCAUUCCCCGCGGCGGAGGCAUCAAAUGACCACCAUGCCUGGAAGACGUAUGUGGAGUGGAUGGCAAAAGAGUUCAGCCAGCUGCUACGUUCAAUCAGCUAA